GCAGGGCGACUGGUGAUACGAUUGAGAGAGAAUGUUGAUGUUGUUGCUACCGCUGGAAAUAGAAGCUAGUUCGUCUUAGGUCAGUGAAUAGUGCCAUAAUUUAAAGACGUACCCGAACGGUCCAUCAUCAUGAAUACCUUCAAAUUACUCGCGAGUAGCCUGAGAGGGUGUAGAGGGCAUGACAUCCCGCUGUUAAGACAGAUAAGUACCACGUCUCCCGUGACCUCCUUGGAGAAAACCGUCCUGCAUGACUACCACGUUGAUCAGGGGGGCAAAAUGGUCGAAUUUGCAGGGUACUCGAUGCCCGUGCAAUACGGCAAAGUGGGCAUUGCCACCUCCCACAACCAGGUGCGCAACCACUGUGGCAUGUUCGACGUGUCCCACAUGCUGCAGUCGAGGGUGCAUGGCCGGGACCGCGUCAAGUUCGUGGAGAGUUUGAUCGUGGGGGACAUCGAGGGCCUCCCUGACAACUCGGGCACCCUGUCCCUCUUCACGAACGACCAGGGCGGCAUCAUAGAUGACCUGAUCUGCAGCAAAACCGACCUCGGCUACCUCUAUGUGGUCAGUAACGCCGGAUGUAAGGAGAAGGACCUGGCCCACAUGAAGCAGCAGCUUGCUUCUUUCAAAGCUGCUGGAGGAGACGUCGAACUGGAAAUCAUCGAAGAUCAUGGAUUGGUCGCCGUCCAGGGUCCAGAGGCAGCGAAGAUUCUCCAGCCUCUAGUAGAAGGAGACAUCAAUCAACUCUAUUUUAUGCAAACGAGGGAAUUGGUAGUUGCCGGUAUACCAUGCCGUGUAACAAGAUGUGGAUACACUGGUGAGGAUGGAGUUGAAAUAUCUGUUCCAAAUGAGAAGGCUGUUGAACUCUGUGAAACGCUCUUUGCCUCUGGCGUGCACCUUGCAGGUCUUGGUGCCCGAGAUUCGUUAAGACUGGAAGCAGGGUUGUGUCUGUAUGGCAACGAUAUCGAUGAUACCACGACUCCCAUAGAAGCUGGCUUAGCUUGGACCAUUGGUAAACGUAGAAGACAGACAGCUGAUUUCCCUGGUGCUGAGAUAAUUUUGAAGCAGCUCAAAGACAAACCAAAACGUCGUCGUGUUGGUUUGACAUGUACUGGACCACCUCCAAGAUCUCACUGCCCUGUCUUAGAUGGAGAUGGUAAUCAAGUUGGAGAGGUAACAAGUGGCUGCCCAGCUCCAUCUUUAGGAAAGAAUGUUGCAAUGGCUUAUGUUCCUGCAAACUUAGCUAAAGCUGGAACUAAUCUGACAGUCCAGGUUCGCAAAAAGAAUAUACCUGCAGUCGUCACCAAGAUGCCUUUUGUCAAAUGUAACUAUCACAUUAUGAAGUAAUUCAACAUAGGCCAAGGUGAUGUACUUUUGUACCUUAUUGUUGUUGCUCAUCUUUUAAUAUAUAAGAGUUGUUUUUGAUUUCAUAAAGUUUUAGUUUGAA